CGGACCAAGCCUUUUCCUGCCCGCUGCGCAAGGCUCGACGACAUCCAGGCCUUGUCGCGCACAUCGCAGCCACCACAAGGUUCCGGCAUUUGCGGACCAGCUUCCCUUGAUCCUUUCCAUUGACGUGCAGACCACGUCGCCUUUUGCGACAGCUGCGCAUUCGAGCUUGGCCUCCAUGCGCACGACAAUCCGCGCUUCUCUCCCCAAUCUGCCUGGGGCGCUUCCUCGACAGCUUUAUAGCAUACCGAAAUCCUGGCGACAAAGACGCAGUACCGCAGCGCCGAUCGCGAUAACCUGAAGACAAUCGACUCCCAUUCUCUGUGUCCACUUCUCCAACUCAAGCAAAUCAACUCGCAAAGCCCGUACGUUCGCUUCACAUCAUCACCAUGGGUAUCCCCGCGGCGUUCCGAUGGCUGUCCCAAAAGUACCCGAAGAUUAUCUCUCCGGUGAUUGAGGACCAGCCUAUUGUAAUGGAAGAUGGCACUGUCAUUCCGGUCGACACUACACGCCCGAAUCCUAAUGGCGAGGAAUUCGACAAUCUCUACCUCGAUAUGAACGGUAUCGUUCACCCUUGUUCGCAUCCUGAAGAUGGCCCGGCACCAAAAGACGAGGAGGAGAUGAUGUUGGCAGUGUUCAAAUACACCGACCGCGUCGUCAACAUGGUCCGCCCGAAGAAGCUUUUGAUGAUCGCCAUCGACGGUGUCGCACCGCGCGCGAAGAUGAACCAGCAGCGCUCCAGACGAUUCAGAUCCGCUCGAGAGGCAAAAGAGAAGGCUGCCGACAAGGAGGAGCUUUUGAAGAUGGUCAAGUCGCAGAAUGGUGGCGUGCUGCCUCCCGAGACAAUUGCGGCGAUGAACAAGAAGGCCUUCGACUCGAACUCGAUCACUCCAGGAACACCCUUCAUGGAUAUUCUCGCCAGCUCCUUGCGGUACUGGUGUGCGUACAAGCUCAACACCGACCCUGGCUGGGCCAACAUGAAGGUCAUCAUCUCAGACGCUACCGUGCCCGGAGAGGGUGAGCACAAGAUCAUGGAUUUCGUCCGGUCCCAGAGAGCUUCGCCCGACCAUGAUCCGAACACCCGCCAUGUAAUUUACGGACUUGAUGCCGAUUUGAUCAUGUUGGGCCUGGCUACUCAUGAGCCUCAUUUCCGUGUACUUCGUGAAGAUGUCUUUGCUCAGCAGGGCAAGACGAGAACUUGCAGGAUUUGUGGCCAGGAAGGCCACGAGGCAAGAAACUGUCGCGGCGAGGCCAAGAAGAAAGAUGACGAGCCUGGCGACAAGCCCGUGCCUCUGAAGCCAUUCAUUUGGCUCCACACCUCUAUACUUCGAGAGUAUCUGGCGGUCGAGUUGAAUGUUCCAGGACUGCCGUUCCGCUUCGAUCUGGAGCGCGCUAUCGACGACUGGGUCUUUAUGUUCUGCUUUGUGGGCAACGACUUCCUUCCUCACCUGCCCGCUCUCGAAAUUCGCGAGAACUCAAUUGACACCCUUACCGCCAUCUGGCGAGACAACCUUCCAGAGAUGGGCGGCUAUGUCACGAUGGACGGGCGCAUUGACCUCAAUCGGGCCCAGCUCAUCCUCAACGGCCUGGCGAAGCAAGAAGAUGCUAUUUUUCGGCGAAGAAAGGAAACCGAGGACAGAAGAGAGGCCAAUAACAAGCGCCGCAAGAUGCAGGAUCAGCAGCGGAAUGGUCGCAAUGGCAACCACAACGAGUCCAGCUUGCCUGGUGGACUCAACAACUCUCUCACCCACAACCUCAUCGUCAACCGGCCUGAUGCAAAUACUGCGAACAAGAGUGCUGCUGCGGUCUUGAAAAGCCAGAUCAAGGCGCUGACUGAGGCCAAGUCAGCCGAAGCUACUCAGCCCGAAGCAGCUCCAACAGCCACUUCGGAACCCUCUGAAGCAACUACAGGCAACACACUUGGCAAGCGCAAAGCUGAAGAAAUCACUGAUGGCCAGAGCACUCCCGGGUCAACUGACAAGGAGCCCGCGGAGCCUGAGGACACCAUCCGUAUGUGGGAGGAGGGCUAUGCCGACAGGUACUACGAGCAGAAGUUCAAGGUCGACCCGAAAGACAUCGAGUUUCGCCGCAAAGUCGGUCGCGCGUACGUUGAGGGCCUGGCGUGGGUUCUGGCUUACUACUUCCAGGGCUGCCCCUCUUGGGAGUGGUAUUAUCCCUACCACUAUGCGCCCUUUGCCCAGGACUUUGUCGAUAUCGGCAAAAUGGACAUCAAGUUCGAGAAGGGCACGAUCGUGCGGCCGUUCGAGCAGUUGAUGAGUGUCCAGCCUGCUGGCUCAAAGCACGUCCUGCCGGAUAUCUUCCACGAUCUUAUGACAGAAAGCGACAGCCCUAUCAUCGACUUUUACCCCGAGGACUUUGAGAUCGACCUCAACGGCAAGAAGAUGGCUUGGCAAGGCGUUGCUCUUCUGCCUUUCAUUGACAUGCCUCGCCUGCUUGGUGCUGUUCAGGCGAGAUACCCACAGCUAAGCCCAGAAGACACGAUACGAAAUGGCAAAGGCCAGACCGUGAUGCUGUUGUCUGAGGCGAACCAAGAGCUUUACGACGACAUCAUCAGCAGGUUCUACUCGAAGAAGCAAGGCGCGCCCGAGUUCAACCUGAACCCGCGCGCCAGCCAGGGACUGUCAGGCAAGGCCAGCAAAUUGGCAGAGUACCUGCCGCACGGCACACUCGUAUACCCCCUUGAGAGCAACUCCAUGCCCGACGUUGAGGACGACCGGUCGGUGACAGUUGUCUACGACAUCCCCGAUACCGGGCAUAGCCACAAGUCGAUGCUGCUCCGAGGCGUCGAGCUGCCCACACCGGCCCUCAACCGCAGCGACAUCGAGGAGCUCAAGGGCAAGAUGCGCAACGGGGGACGCAGCUAUGGCGGCGCGCCGCUCGGUGGUCGUGGUGGUUACGGCGGCCGAGGCCGCGGCGAUCGCAUCCACUACGGCUCUGACUCUCGACAGAACAACCGUCCCUAUCACCAGAACGGGAACAACGGCUAUGGGCAUCAACAAGGUGGUGGCUAUCAGAACUCUUACCAAGCCCCGCCACCCGUGCCACCACCUGGCUGGGUACCGCCACCUCCUGGGAUGCCAGGCUUCGGGAACGGUCUUCCUCCACCUCCGCCACCCCAGCAUUAUGGUAAUGGCGGUGCUUACGGAGGCUACAACAGUGGUGGUGGUGGCGGCGGGUACAGGGGCGGCGGAGGUGGUGGUAGUGGAGGACAUCAUCAUGGCAACAAUCAUUACCAGGGCGGCCACCAUAACCAGCAGCAGCAUGGGUAUGGUGGUGGUGGUGGUGGUGGUGGCGGAGGCUAUGACAGCCGCUACAAUGACCGCUCUGGGUAUAGAGGAGGUGGUGGAGGCGGCGGCGGCGGCCGUGGCCGCGGUGGCUACGGCGGAAACAACGGAUACAGGCGGGAUUAGCUACGGGAGUAUCUAUGGAAAGAAGAUAUCUUGUGGUUCAGGAGCGAGCUGGCCCCUCUAUUAUGCUGGGCCUAAAAUGAAGAAUGAUUGUCGUAGAACUUCGAUAAAUGAAUGACAUGUUUAGUUUUUCUUAUUGA